UAUGUACUGCCCAUAUUCAAGCUAAGCAAACGCACAAAAACAAAAGGGUAAAAAAUGCUGCAGUAUGGGAGUCUUGAAGCAGCGGAGUUGGCUCUGGGGAGAAACCUAACGCUGCCAGAGAAAUUGUGGUAUAGUUACUCAGCAGAGAAAUCAGACUACUUGUUGUAUAACCACAAUUGCCUUUUCUUGUUCUUGGUGUUCUCCUUGGUUCCUCUCCCAUGUGUGUUGGUUGAACUUUUUUGGUUCAACAACAUGAACAAGUUCAAGCUUCAACCCAGAAUCAGAAGAUCGUUUUCAGAGUUGUUUAAAUGCUAUAAAGAUGUUAUUCUCAACAAGUUCAUUCUUCUUGCCGCUCCUCUCAUUGCUGUUUCCUUCCCUGCCCUAAAGUGGGUUAGGAUCCGUUACCCUACAAGCUUGCCAUUGCCAUCAAAAUGGGAGGUGAUAAGCCAAUUGCUGGUGUAUUUUCUUAUCGAGGACUACGGAAACUACUGGCUUCAUCGGUUGCUGCAUACCAAAUGGGGCUUCGAAAAUAUCCACUAUAUGCACCAUGAAUACCAUGCUCCCAUCGGGUUUGCAGCACCUUACGCCCACUGGGCAGAAAUUCUGAUUUUGGCAAUCCCGACGUUUCUGGGUCCCGCCAUGGUUCCAUGUCAUAUGGUCACUUUGUGGCUCUGGACGGUUCUGCGGCAGGCUGAGGCCAUUGAGACCCAUAGCGGGUUCGACUUCCCAUGGAGCCCUACCAAAUUCAUCCCCUUUUAUGGAGGUGCAGAGUAUCACGAUUAUCAUCACUCCGUAGGAGGACAAAGCCAAAGCAAUUUUGCAUCUAUCUUCACCUACUGUGAUUAUAUUUAUGGUACUGACAAGGGUUAUCGUCAUCACAAACAAGUCGUUAAAAAGCUUAAGGACAAGAAGCACCAGGGAUGAACAGAUGGAAGUGGGUAGAGCACAAAAUCCCAAUCGCAGACCUCAAAGGGAAUUAGCUGUGCGUAGUUAGUACUGGAGGUGAAGAAUAAUGGAAAAUAAACAUAAAUGAAUUACUAUUAGGUUGUAUUUGAGAACUUUAAAUUAAGAAAUUAAGUUGUAUUUUAAAUCUAGUAUACAUUAUGUGAUAUAGUAUAUAUAUACUCUUUUUAAAAUAAUAAAUUUUUAAAAUU